AUCACAAUCACGGACACUGAGAACCACUCUGCCGGUUUAUUUGAAAUGUUUUGAACGACACUUACCACUGGAACUGAAACAUCGCUUCAAUUACUAUCUUUCUGUGAGCCAACGCAGGCCAGCACAGUUAAUAGCAGGCACCAUGGCCUUUGAUGGUCGGGUGGUAAAGACCUACGGGCGCCUCAAGCAGAAGACGAUCAAACAAGACAACUGGAUCUCAUCACCACACCUUGCGGCAGGACGCAAGAUAUCCAAUGUCUUUAGCUCACCUGAUAAUGACUCCAACGCUUCAUCUGAUGUCUUUGCGAUAAAUGUGUCUGAAAAGGAAAACAUUCUGCCUACAGUCACUGAUGAAGGAAAGAAACCACGGAGGAAAGCAGCAAAGAAAGCCACUGCUGUGCUUGAGGAAUAUGUCUUGAAGGAUAAUGGUGGAAAAGCAGAUUCAUCCAAAGGAAGGAAGACGAGACGGAAUAAAACCGGAAAGGGCAGACAGUUCUCUAAACUGAGUCGGCAGUAUAGGAAAGUCAAAGAUGAUGACCCAGAAGAGGAGGAGGAGGAUUGUGAUGAUGUCCAUGAAAAUAAAAUGGAGACAGGCAGGAUAUUAAGAGGGAAAGCAGCGGCAAAACCAGCCGAUUCAUCGUUUGAUCUGAUCUUCAAGCUUACUGAACAAAAGAAAACAGUGACAUCGUCUAGCAGCGGUGAUAGUGUAACCAGCCCUGUCUUGAGUGUAGAGAUAUUGGAAGGUUUGGAACUGGGAAGUGGGGUGGUGGAGACCAGUACGCCGUAUGAAACGCAUCAACGUAGCCUUGGUCAGUCUCUCGAUAACAGAGGCUGCAUCACGCGACGCAGAGCAAAGCGCGAUGUCCCGUUCUCGCCGGGAGGGCACGGACGUAGACGUACAAAACGUCAGAGGGUGGUCGUUCCCCAAAUCUUGAGCUUCAGUGAUGAUGAUUCCUGUCUCUUUGCACCGAGAAGGUUAAGGACUAGGCAACAACAGGAAAACGUGUCGGACAUUGCCUCUCGUCUGUCGGCUAUCCACCUCGAGCAGUCGCCGAUUGGUGAUUCUCAUGUAAGUAAUGAGAAGAGUAGGACUCGUGAGUGCAGUGUGAGGCUGAGCAAAAUAUCCAACGAAUCCAUCGAGGAGCUUGGUCAUGGUUCCAUGGACCUGUUUGAGGAGGGGGACCAGGAUCUGGGACAGGAUCCUGAACAGGACCAGGGUCUAGAUUCAAAGUCGGAGGUCAGGCUCCGCUCUUGUCUGGUUUCUUUGGAGAGGAUAUCGCUUAGCUCUGGGAUUUGGUCCGAUGCGGCCGAUGUGUCUGCAGAACAGGAAUCUAUGUGCCGGUCGAGAAACAAUCAUCGACCCUUCCUACGACAGAGGAAUGAUCCCAUAUUGGAUGAACCAAACCCUAUAAAGACACCUUUAGUCAAUAAGAGUAUCAGCAGGCUUGCUCUUGAUAGCUUCAAGGUUGCCCUCACACCGACCAGGAACAGGAGUACAGGCAAGCUACUGUCUCCUAAAUGUAAGGUGCUUGCCCAGUGUGACCAGGAAGAUUUCAUCACCUUCUCAGCCUGCAUGCCAUCGGCCAUGAUGAAGAAGUGUGUCAAGAUUGGUGAAGGAGUCUACGGUGAGGUCUUCAGAACAUUCAACAACAGAAAGUCAUCUGUUGCUCUCAAGAUCAUACCUGUAGAAGGGGAUUUCCCAGUGAAUGAAGAAAAUCAGAAGCCAUUUGAGGAAAUUCUCCCUGAAAUUGUUAUUUCAUGGGAGCUCAGCAUGCUUCGGGAAGGCGAGGAAACCAUGACGACAAACUUCAUCGGGGUCAACCAUGUGUCUUGUGUCAAGGGGUCGUACCCCAAGAAGCUUCUGGAUGAAUGGGACAAGUAUGAUAGAAGGAAGACCUCAGGCUCAGAGAAUGAUAGACCAGAUAUCUUCCCUAGCGAUCAGCUCUUCAUCAUCUUUGAGUUUGCAGAUGGAGGCAAAGACCUAGAGAGCUUUGAGUUUGAGAACAUCCACCAGGCAGUCAGUGUGAUAAGGCAGGUGACUGUAGCGCUGGCGGUGGCUGAGCGAGAGCUGGAGUUUGAGCACCGUGACCUGCACUGGGGCAACGUGUUAGUCGGAGCCACCGACGAUGAUCAGGUGACCUUCAUGCUGGAUGGUCAGGUGAUCUCGGUAGAAUCACAAGGUUUGCACAUCAGCAUCAUCGAUUUCACACUGUCAAGGUUACAGAAAGAUGACUGCACCGUGUUCUGUGAUUUAGCUGAGGACCCUACUCUCUUUACAGGAGAGGGCGACAAACAAUUUGAUGUUUACCGGUCAAUGAAAGAACAUAACAACAACCAAUGGGAGGGUUUCCAACCCAAGACCAAUGUCUUCUGGAUAGAAUACCUCCUGGAUAAGAUCAUCUGGGAGAAGAAGUACCCCACCGACCGGAGCCAACGGAGGGUCCUAGGCCAGCUAAAGACCCUGGUCAGAGAGAUCCAGCAGUAUUUAAGUGCAGAGGAUGUAUUUAAGAACAGUGAUCUGCUGAGUAUAGGGUGAUCAUCAUCGCUAAGAACAGUGAUCUGCUAAGUAUAGGGUGAUCUUCCUUGCUAAGAACAGUGAUCUGCUAUUAAAGUAUAGGGUGAUCAUCAUUGCUAAGAAUAGUGAUCUGCUGAGUAUAGGGUGAUCUUCCUUGCUAAGAAUAGUGAUCUGCUGAGUAUAGGGGGAUCAUCAUCGCCAAGAACAGUGAUCUGCUGAGUGUAGGGUGAUCAUCAUCGCUAAGAACAGUGAUCUGCUAAGUAUAGGGUGAUCAUCAUCGCUAAGAACAGUGAUCUGCUAAGUAUAGGGUAAUCUUCCUUGCUAAGAACAGUGAUUUGCUGAGUAUAGGGUGAUCAUCAUUGCUAAGAACAGUGAAUAUCUGCUGAGUAUAGGGUGAUCAUCAUCGCUAAGAACAGUGAUCUGCCGAGUAUAGGGUGAUCAUCAUCGCUAAGAACAGUGAUCUGCUAAGUAUAGGGUAAUCUUCCUUGCUAAGAACAGUGAUUUGCUGAGUAUAGGGUGAUCAUCAUUGCUAAGAACAGUGAAUAUCUGCUGAGUAUAGGGUGAUCAUCAUUGCCAAGAACAGUGAUCUGCCGAGUAUAGGGUGAUCAUCAUCGCUAAGAACAGUGAUCUGCUUAGUAUAGGGUGAUCAUCAUCGCUAAAAACAGUGAUCUGCUGAGUAUAGGGUGAUCAUAAUCGCUAAGAACAGUGAUCUGCUUAGUAUAGGGUGAUCAUCAUCGCUAGAGCGGGCCCUAAGUUUGGACCUUCGUGAGGAAGACCCAGCAGUACUGUACUAGUGCAAAUGUAUGUAAGAACACAGUACUGCUUAGUAUAAGAUGCUCAUUAUAUCCUGUACCAAUGAUGAACUUUGGAUCAGUAUAGCGUGAUUGUUAUCGCAAGACCGCAUUUUAAGAGGCUAUUGCACUCAACAUUUAAGGGUGUUGCAGGGAUUUGCAUCAUGAAAAUCUCUAAACUUGUAAAAUCAUAGUUGAAAACUUGCCUGAAGUACAUCUACAUGUAUAGUGGCAAAAUAUUCAUUAUUAGCAAAAUUACAGUCAUUUUUCUUUCUAUAAUUUGAAUUGAUGCUGACAGUGUGUAUUCACCCCAUUUGUUGUGUACAACAUGAGGUCUUAAAUUUUCAAUCAUAGGGAGAAGACCACAGCGUGUUUGAAUCUGAUAAUUUUCACUUCGUGUACUUUCAUAAACUCAUCUUGCUGCUACAGAUCAAUCGUUACGGAACUUUCUUUUAUCUUGUGACUCAUAACAGAGAUCAGGACCCUGUUUCACAAAACUUGUAAUCAGUGACAAAUG